UACUAACUUGGCAGCAAUCCACUCAAGUCUCCGAUUUCCUUCGUUUAGAAUCUGAGAAACUUUAGUCACUCCUUUACAAGACAUUCUUUUCAAUAUGCAUUUGUCCAUGAUUAUGAUGAGCCUGGGCGCCCAGCUCGCCCUUGGCUAUUUCACGAACACCUCGGAGCCCCUUGGUGUGGCAUCCAAACUCGAGGUCCAUCCGUUGCUUAUAGGCGACUUCCGACUCUUUGGAUGUGUGGCAUCUACAGAGGGGUUCCCCAAGUUCAAGAAGAUUGCUUCUACAAGCCUCAUGAACCUGGACUUCUGUGCAGCUAGCUGCCCAGGCAAGUUCUUUGGUACUUACAACACUGAUUGCUACUGCGGUGAUGACCUUGACCUCGAAACCUCUGGCAGAGUCACUGAGGAUCUGUGCGACACUCCUUGUCCUGGAGAUAAGCGCCAGACUUGUGGUGGUCUCAUCGCUGCUGCUCGCUUGGCUCUCGAGAAACAGCGACCUCAAUCUCUGGUGCUGAGCCUUUACGUCAGAAUUCAUGGUGAGGAUCAUGAUGAGAAUCACGACGACCACGAGUAUCACCACGAUGACAAGGAGAAUCAUUGGGAUGGCAAGGAGAACCACUGGGAUGAUAAGGAGAAUCACUGGGAUGGUCAUAAGUAUAAUAAUACUUGGGACAAAACGCCCACUCGUCCUCAGCGCCAUACCUUUACAAGCACCAUCACAAGCACUAAGACUCAAACCAUCACGUCUUGUCCGCCUUGGAUCCAGCACUGCUCUGUCGGCCACAAAACCACAGAGAUCGUGACCGUCACCACUGAGCUCUGCCCCAAGCCCGAAUGGCACAAGAAGAAGAUUAUCUGCUACGGUGGCCACUGUGCCCCCGAGGAGCCCUGCGGUGAUGAGCACUGCGAACGCCACCGCGUAAUCUGCAAAGGAGACGACUGCUAUCCCGAGGUCUGCACCGACAAGGAAGAGUGGCAUAAGCUGGUCGUCUGCGACGGCAAGGACGGCAAGGACUGCCGCUACCACCAGUGCGAUGGCGAGGAGUGCAACUCCAAGAUCGUCUGCUACGAUGGAAAGUGUGCCAAGGAGACGUGCUACGGCGAGGAAUGCCGCAACAAGUUCGUCUGCAAGGGCUUCGAGUGCGGCCACGAGCAAUGCAACGGGGAUGACUGCCACAAGUGGGAAGUCUGCAACGGAUCCGGAGCGGAGUGCCGUCCUCGACCUCCUUGCAACGGCGCAGGCUGCCCUGUUCCUCCUCCUCCUGCUCCCCGUCCUGAGCCUCCUGCGCCCACCCACGACCGUCCUGGCCACGAGGGUCCUUACCCACCUCAGCCUCCCGUUCUUUCUACCAGCAUGCACGGCUGGCCUCACCCGACUCAGCCUCCUGUUGUUGCUGGCUCGACAAAGCUGGGUGCCGGCGUCUUGGCCGCCUUGUUGAGCUUCAUCUUCUUCCUGUGAUGGGGCUACUAGAUUACGAAACAGCUAGGAUUUCGAUUCUCCUCACAAGGUGGACGGUUCGAGAUGGUAAUAAGGUAGAUUCAGGAGACGUUAAGAUGAUAUACUGGAGCUAUACUGUUGAUUUACUCUAGACGGACAAUUGUGUAAUGUUAGGCACCAAAGCUAUUGCAACCUUUCAAUGACACUCAUUUAAUUC